AUGAACUAUCGCCUGGGCUUCUUUGGCUUUCUGACUUCGAAAGAGCUAAGAGCUGAAGUUGACGUGGAUGGUGAAACCCCUUUCGCAAGCCUUGCCAUGCACGACCAAAGAGUAGCACUACUCUGGGUACAGCAGCAUAUCCAGGGUGUUGGUGGUGGCCCAGCGAAUGUUAUGAUAGCUUGA